CAAAAUAAACAUGACAUGAUUUCGCAGUACCCAAAUCAAAACCUACGCAAUGUUGCCUCUUCGAAGAACCUCUCUAUUGAUACACAGACUUCCGCUUGCGCGUUUUUCCAGCAAUGCAAGGGAAAAUGUUACCCAAAGCGCAACGCAACACGAUUCGGAUACACACUUUGGUUUUCAAACGGUAAAAGAGAGCGACAAAUGGAAAAAGGUUCACAAAGUGUUCGAGGAGGUCGCGGCAUCCUAUGAUUUGAUGAAUGACGCUAUGUCGAUGGGAAUUCAUCGUGUAUGGAAAGAUAUUUUCAUGGAACGAUUAUCGCCGGUGGGAAAUGGAAUACGACUGCUGGACAUGGCUGGUGGCACUGGCGAUAUAGCGUUCCGAUACAUGAAAUAUCUGCAAAAGCAGACUACACCAGAUCGAAAGCCUAGUCAUGUUACUGUUUGUGAUAUCAAUCAAAAUAUGCUAGAUGUGGGUCAACAACGAUGGGAAAAAUUGAACUUACCUACAGCCGGUGACACAAUUGAAUGGGUGUGUGCCGAUGCCGAAAAACUGCCCUUCGAGGAUUCAUCAUUCAGCGUGUACACGAUCGCAUUUGGGAUUAGAAAUUGCACGCAUAUUGACAAAGUACUUUCGGAAGCUCACCGCGUGCUGAAACCGGGAGGACGUUUUAUGUGCCUAGAAUUCAGUCAUGUGAACAAUGAAUAUCUUAAAUGGGUUUACGAUCAGUAUUCCUUCCAAGUGAUUCCACCGAUGGGACAAAUACUAGCUAAUCAGUGGCAGCCGUACCAGUACUUGGUAGAGAGCAUCCGAAAGUUUCCGCAGCAAAAUGAAUUUAAAGCAAUGAUUCAGAACGCUGGCUUCAAAUGUGUUGAAUAUGAAAAUUUAACCUUUGGUGUCGUUGCGAUACACUCCGGAUUUAAAUUGUAAGAUGGACAAGAUGGAUUUACUUUGAUGUAGCAACCGUUGUCGGUCAAGCCUGCCUGUACCACUAAUGGGUUUGACUAUUAGUGACGCAUUGAAUACGGAUAGCAGGAUAAUCAGUUCUACAUUUGGGGGCACAGUCCAAUCGAGGCUUCAAUCCAUGAUGGGCAUGCAGAAUGGAUAUAACGAAGGAAAAUAAACAGCACUAAACUAGAUCACAAAUCCA